AUGAGAGUCGUCGUCUUCGGAGCAUCCGGCGUGCAGGGCGCUCAUCAAGUCCCCGUGCUCGCCAAAGCAGGCCACGAUGUCGUCGCCGUGAGCCGCAAUCCGAAGCCUCUAGAAGUGGAUGGCAAAAACAUCGAGACUUUUGCGGCCGACUUCACAGACAAGGCUAAGAUCUCCAAAGCCAUUGAAGGAGCAGACGUAAUAUUCCUCACCCUGCCAUCAACUUCUUUCAACCAAUCUGGGCCCAUCCUGCAGGGUGCUAAAGAUAUUGGUGAAGCUGCAAAAGAACUUGGCGUAAAUCUCAUUGUGUUCAACACGAGUAUGCCUGUUCCGAAAAAGCCACAGGAUAUCAAAGCGCAGGACGACCGGCGAGAGAUGAAGCGACUGCUUCGCGAGACUGGAACGCCAGUCAUCAGUAUCGAGCCGGUGGUCUACAUCGACAAUCUGUUAGAAGGCUGGGCACUGCCUCCAAUUCGAGACCGUAACACCGUCGUGUACUGCCACAAGCCCGAUCUACAAGUCUCAUGGAUAUGCCACCACGAUGUCGCUCAGCUCAUGAUGGCGGCAAUGCACCGCCCGGAGCUCGCAGGCCGCGACUUCGCCGUUGGAGGACCCGAGACCGUCCGCCUCUACCAGCUCACAGAGAAGUUGUCGAGAGCUUGGGGCAGGAAGCUGGACUAUGAAUGUCAGACUGUGCCGGAUUUCUGCGAAAAGAUUGGCGCGACGAUGCAGGGACGUGGACUGGAGACGGAGAAAAUUAUCAGCCAGAUGUUCAAGGCGUAUACGUAUUAUAAUGAGGCGGAGGAUGAGCCGUUCAACAUUGACAUGGCGCUUGUGCUGAAAGAGCUUCCUGUACAGCUUACACCCAUCGAAGAAUGGGCAAAGAGAAGGAGUCCACCAGGCUGGUAG